GGCUCGGCCGUCAGUCCGCGCGCUCACUUUCAGUCCUGCAGCCGCGCAAGACGCACAUCUCGGCACAUCCGUCAUCGCCACUAUGGUUGCCACAGCAGCGGUUCACGCAGGUCUCGUGAUUUUCACUGCCGCGGUGUUGCGACUCGGGGCAGCGGAGAACGAAGAAAAGUUCACGUGCGUCCAAAUGAGGGUUGGGACCGCCUCGCGUGAGUGCGUGAACAACCUGUUCCACAACCUUCGGGUACCUCUGGAGAUGGACACUGCCAUUCCUUUGCCUAAGGGAUCUACUGAGAGAGUGAAAAUACUCGCCACGGGCUGCUUGGCUCUUCGGGCUCUCCACAAAAUUCCAGAGUUUGGCUGCGUGCCAGCGUCGUCGAUUGUAGAAACCUACGAGUGCGUUUACAGCAACGAGGAAAACAAGGAAGAGGUGUUGAGAUCAUUCGCUGCAAACAGCAAAGACAAGUACUUGGAGAUCGCAGACAAGGUUGAGUCAUGCUUUGGAAGCUGGCAUGGGACCAGGAACAAGGCUCAUCCAAGAAUCUUCAACAGCCAUCGUGAUUAGGCCAUACAUCACUCGGAGCCAGCUUUGUGGGCCCACGAAGAACUCGCCGGCCGCGCUCGAGACGCAUUCUAGGCACUAAUUGCUCGGCGCGCCAAUCAGCCCCAACAUGACGUCACCGGACGUGCCUGCUUGCCAGUAGAAAACGAGGAUACGCAAGAAUUUGGUGAGAAAUAAAUGAGACCUGC